CCAACCCCAACCCACCGUUUGCACGGAAAUCCAAGCAGAACAGCUCAAACAUACGUACGAAAUCCAUCAGAACUCGCACUUAUCACCCGUACAUACGCAACGUUUCUUGAAUUUUCAUCCACUUUUAGAUCAUGGGAAAAUCCAGGGGAUUCAGGCUGGGACGGAAGCUGGUCAAAGUCUUCAAAUGGUGCAUCCACCGCCGUACACGGCGGAGAACCGGCGCCUACCAGCGGCUGAAACCGUCGGCAGGACCCGUCUCAAAGCUCUGCAAAUGGGUUUAUUCUCUGAGCAGGCGUGGAGCUAGGAGCCUGUGCUCUUUCAAGAUCAAUUCGGGUUACAUUCAAGUCGGGAAAGACCCGGUUGAGCAGCCCAAGUUACCGAAAGGGCACCUGGCCGUGUACGUGGGCGACAAGAAGGACGAUACGUGUCGGGUCCUUGUGCCCGUCAUAUACUUCAAUCACCCACUGUUUGGUGAGCUCUUGAGGGAGGCUGAGAAGGUUUACGGGUUCAAUCAUCCGGGUGGGAUCCAGAUUCCUUGCCCGAAAUCCGAAUUGGAGAGUGUCCAAAUGAAGAUCGCCGCCGCCGCCGCCAGUGGAGGUGGAAUCUGGCGGAGGAGGAGGCGGAGCUAAUUGGACCACCGUGAUUUUUUGUGAGGCAUGCUUCAUUGUCCCCAUCACAUGGUCCACUUGUUUUAUGGAAUUU